AUGGAUAAGGUGCUAGAGAGUUCCUACGUAGGGAGCAUCAAGUCGCAUGUAGCGCAACUCGGCCCGAUUCCACAGCCGGUGCUAGUUGCCUUCGCUGGCAUUGGCGCACUCUGGCUGGGAAGCAAGCUCCUUAGCUAUCUCCAGCUUGUCAUGAGUGCAUUCGUCUACUCCGGACAUAAUCUUCGCAAGUAUGGCCGCGCCGGAUCGUGGGCCGUCGUCACCGGCGCGUCGGAUGGCCUUGGUAAAGAGUACGCCUCCCAACUCGCUGCCAAGGGCUUCAACCUCGUCCUCGUUUCGCGAACCAAAUCCAAGCUCGAGUCGCUCGCCACGGAGUUGGAAGAGAAAUAUCAUGACAAAGACAUUGAAAUCAAGAUCCACGCCAUGGAUUUCGCCAAGGACGACGAUGUCGAUUACGAGAAGCUCGCCGAUAUUGUUCGUGGCCUCGACGUUGCUAUUCUGAUCAACAACGUCGGACAAAGUCAUAGCAUACCCGUUCCUUUCCUUGAGACGCCCAAGGAAGAGCUUCAGGAUAUUGUUACUAUCAACUGUUUGGGAACGCUGAAGAUUACCCAAAUUGUUGCUCCUAUUCUCAAGCAGCGCAAGCAUGGACUAAUUCUGACCAUGGGCUCUUUUGGCGGCUGGACUCCUACCCCAUACCUGGCCACCUACUCUGGCAGCAAAGCCUUCCUCCAGCAAUGGAGCAAUGCCCUUUCGUCUGAGCUUGCUGAUGAUCACGUUGACGUUUAUCUGGUUCUUAGCCACCUGGUUACCACUGCCAUGAGUAAGGUCCGCCGCCCGAGUCUCCUGAUUCCCAAUGCCCGUAAUUUUGUCCAGGCUGCUCUUGGCAAGGUUGGUCUUGGUGGUUAUCAGACAGCUCCCAACACUUACACUCCUUGGUGGAGUCACUCUUUCAUGCUGUGGUUGAUUGAGAACGUUCCUGGCGUUAACAGCCCUGUCACCAUCUGGUAUAACAAGAAGAUGCACUUGGAUAUUCGGAGGCGGGCCCUUCGCAAGCAGGCUCGUGAAGCCAAGAAGCAGUAG